UUCCCAUUGAUAUGCCCUGUUAUGAGGUUGCCACUACCGCCAGUGGAGGCAGGUCCCCUUGCCAAUCGAUGGAAGGGGCCGAAGAGCACGACAGAGCAUGCGACACAUGUGCUAGUUGCGUAUCGUGCGUCACUGUCGAGUAUACGGGCACACCAGGUUGUCUGGGAGCCCUACAGCGAUGUCCUAGAGUUGUUGCCCCCAUAUUGCACUGCCGGCCGACAAAUAUGGAAGGCCGAUGUGCCAUUGAUCUAUUUUUGGAUAGUAGAGGAUCAUCAUCCCGAACGUGUCUUUCGUCAGUUCGGGAUGAAGCAAGUGCCACCGAAUAUUGUAGAUACGUCCGUUCAUCUCCACAAAAUCUCCCUCCAAGGUAAACUAGAUAAGGAUUGGGUGCAAGAGCAUGCUGUCUACAUUGACCGAUGGGCCCAUAGAGAGGAACAUAUUGCUGAUGCACCGGCAUUGGAUGGGGACACGACAUACCUUGCUGCUUACAUGGAGUCGUACCAAAAGACGACGAGACGGUACAUUACACGCGACUCGGCGUAUUAG